AUGGCCGCCUCAACGAAUCCAGAGCAACAGCCGCUUCUGCCGGGUCUCGUUGGCGCUCGAAAGAACGGCUCCUUCGGCGACAUUGAUAGUGAGUCUCCAAACAACAAUGUCCUGUCGCGCGACGUCGAAGACGAUGUACUUCCGGAAGCGUCCCCGAUGGGGCGUAACAUUACCUGGCAAAGCGCCUACAUCAUAGUAAUGUCCAGAGUCAUCGGGAGCGGUAUCUUCGCCACACCAGGCGCCAUUUUGCGAUCUGUCGGGAGCCCAGGGCUUUCGUUACUCAUCUGGAUUGCCGGUGCAGUCAUAUCAGCCUGCGGCCUUGCCGUGUUGCUCGAGUACGGCUGCAUGCUGCCACGCUCUGGAGGGCAGAAGGUCUACCUUGAGUUCACGUACAGGCAUCCCCGGUUCCUCGCGUCGACGCUCGUCGCAAUAAACGCCGUUCUCCUGGGACUGACGGCAAGCAAUUGUGUCAUAUUCUCGCAGUAUAUUCUCUUUGCUUUUGAGGCGGAUUCUGUCAGCGACACGGUUCGCAAGAUAGUCGGAGCAGGCCUUUUGACGCUCGCGACCAUCAUUCAUGCAGUAACUCCAAGACUUGGCGUCAGGAUCCAAAAUGUCCUCGGGUGGUCAAAGAUUGGAAUUGUUGCUUUUAUGGUGCUCUCUGGCAUUUAUGUUGUCAUUCUUCGCCUUGCUAUCGGCGAUGAUAUGGGCCCGAGAUCAAGCGUUUCUCUGCAAGGUUGGGAUCAUUUGUGGCAGGGCAGCAUUUGGAACUGGGGCGCAAUCGCGACUGCCUUGUUCAAGGUCUUCUACUCAUACGCCGGCCUCGACAAUCUGAGCAAUGUUCUCAACGAAGUCAAGGACCCCGUUCGUACGCUACGGUCGGUGACACUCACAGCACUCUUCACCACAUGCGCAAUUUUCCUCCUCGUCAAUGUGGCCUACUUCCUCGUAGUGCCUAUUGACGAAAUAAGAGAAAGCGGCGAGCUUGUUGCCGCUUUAUUUUUCGAGCGCGUCUUCGGAGGGAACUUUGGGCGUCGAUUCCUGCCUCUUGUCGUCGCCUUGUCCGCGGUUGGCAAUGUCUUGGUCGUCGUGUUUGCCAUGGCGAGGCUCAAGCAGGAGAUUGCCAGGCAAGGCCUUCUGCCAUUCUCUGAGAGAUUGUCGUCCACUAUGCCCUUCAAUUCACCGCUGGGAGGCCUUUUACUCACCUACGUCCCGUCACUGCUGGUCAUUGUGCUUUCACCCUCACAAGAAGUGUUCUCGUUUAUCUUAGAGACCGAAGGAUACUCGGGGCAAAUUUUGGGCUUGCUCACUGGAGCCGGUCUUAUUUGGCUGCGGAUCAAGCGCCCGGAUCUCAAGAGGCCAUUCAAGGCUUGGACAUCGGCGGUCUUGUUCCGAUUCCUUCUCGGACUUGCCUUGCUCGCGGCUCCGUUCUUCCCCCCAUCCAAACAGCCCGCAGGCGGGCUCUACUACGCGACAUACGCCAUUGUUGGCGUCGCCAUAUUUGUUGGCAGUCUCUUGUAUUGGUAUGUAUGGACCAUUCUGCUCCCUCGCAUCCGUGGUUACACCCUGGAGGAAGAGACGGUGGUGCUUCAAGAUGGGACAGCGGUGACAAGGAUCAUUCACAAGGAGCGCUCAUCGUAG